AUGAAUUAAUUGUUUGAACUUUUAGAUAAUUAUGAUGAUAAAGAAAAGGAGAUCAUUGAAUUGUAAAUAUCGCAUGCUAUUCAAGUCUUAAUUCAAAUAAAAAUAAUAUGAUGGAUUUUUUGAAAUUAGUAAUUGAAACCCCUAGUAAUCUUCAUCCAAAGUAUAUCUAAAUCCUUUAAUUAGAUAUCCUUUUAUUGUUAGUGAAUUGAUGUUUGGAAGUUAUGAACAAUUACUGCAAAUAAUGUUUGAAUGGGAUGGAGAACCAAUUUAAUAUUUGCUGACAUUCUUCAAUUAUCCAUAAAAUGACACUUCAUGUGGUUAUUUUGAAAAAAUGAUAAGACCAUUAAUUUUACUAAAAUCAAAUGAGAUGAAACCCUUUUUAGAGAUAUGUAAAUGGAUUUAAUUCAUAGAUUAAGAAUCUAUUCAAAAUAUAUUCUCAACAAUUUUGGCAUGCAGUAAUUUGGAAGAAAAUUUCAAAUAAGAACUUUUAGGAAUGCUUUUAAAUUAAAAAAAUAUAAGCGAAAAUGUUUUUCGACUUCUAAUUAAAUACACAGAUUUAUUUUAUUAAUAUGUGAAUCAACAUUAAGAAAUUAUUGAAGUUAUUUGCAAUUAAUCACCUCCUACAUUUCAUUAAUUAUGCACUAUUGAAUUAUUUAUGGGAUGGAAUUUACUAAAUAUGAAUUGGUUUUAUAAUCAAAUAAAUUAUCUAUAAUAAUUAGUUUAUAAAAAUUUUGAUCUAUCCUAUUCUACAAUGAAUUUUUUGUAUAAAUCUUAAGGGCUUACAGAAAUAGAUUUAAAAAUAAUUCAUAUAUUAACUUAGACUUUGACAAGACCUGAAACAAUUAAAUUUCAAAAUAUUUUAUUAGAAUUAUUAUUAAAAUAUGAAUGGAAUAAUAAUUUAUAAAAUAUAGCAGUAAAUAUGUAUUAAUAGAUGUCAUAAGAGGAAACACCACAUAAAUAAUAUGUAAUUAUUUAUUUUUAUAUUUAGUUUCAAUCAAUAAUAAGUGAUUUUAUAACAACAAAUAAUAUAAAUUUUGAUAAAGUUGAAUUUGGAUUAAAAAAUAAAAUACCAAGAGGUUAUAGGUGGGUAUUUACAAAAAUCGUUAAAUUUUUUUCUUUGAAUAUUAUAGAAGCAUAAGAGAUAUGUACUUUAGAGGGAAAAUAUAUAUUAAAUAUAGAUCCAUCUAAUAAUAGAGAGAAAUAAUCUAUAAAUAUUUUAGAGAAGUUAUCAGAAAGAAGAACAUAAUGGGCUAAAAGAAUUUAAGAAGAAGAAAUAUAAAAACAUGAAGAAAAAGACUAAAUUUAAAUAGAAGAAGAAGAAGAAGAAAAUUAAGAAAAUUAUUAGUUUUUCUAACCUAGAAAUAGUUUUGGUGUAAAACCAAUAAUAAAUGCUGAGGAAAUGGAAGAUGAAAUUCCAAUAAGAGGAAGAUCCAGUUGUUAAUUCAAAUAAGAUGAUUCAGAUUGAUUUGUUAAUUUUUGUUUUUUUAAUAUGAUUGCCA